AUGCGCCAACUCUCUCUUCAUUUUGUGCUUCAGGCGCUUGUCGUGCUAGGCCAUGGUGUCUCCAGCCAACCCAACGGCCAGGAUGGGAGCUGCAGAGGCCGGGCAGCGGCAAAGGCCAUCUACAUGAUCACCAACGAUGAGACCAACGGGGUUGUGGCUCUCCCAGUUGGCAGCGACGGAAAACUCAGUAAGGGCACGGUGACCAGCACACAAGGCAAUGGCUCUGUGGCCCUGCACAGUGACGGAAAUCCAGGUACUCCAGAUGCCCUUGUGAGCCAGUCCGCGUUGACAAUAGCGGGAAAGCACAUUUUCGCCGUCAAUGCUGGGUCUAAUACACUUUCUAUGCUUGCCAUCUCUUCUGCGGACCCAACAAAGCUUUCACUGGUAGGACAACCAGUAGCGAUUCCCGGAGACUUCCCGAACACUGUCGCGGCUUCGGCCAAGAACGGCCUUGUCUGUGUGGGGACAACGGGAUCCAAGAGCGGCAUCUCCUGCACCUCGUUCUCGGACGCUGGAUUGAGGCCGAUGGAUGAUCUCCGGGUUUUCGACCUUGGCCAGACCACUCCGCCCGUCGGACCGACCAACACCGUAUCGCAGGUUUUCUUCUCUGCCGACGAAUCACAGUUGUUCUGUAUUGUGAAGGGCGACCCAGCUACCAAUAAGACUGGCUUCUUUUCCACAUUCCCGGUCGAGCGAAAGGCCGCAUGCCGCGGCGGCGUUGGAUCCGCGACCCUCUCCAAAACAGACACUCGGAGCGUGCCCGAGGGAAGCGCCGUUCUCUUCGGCUCACAGACCAUCCCUGGCACGUCCAACGUGUUUGCCACAGACGCCUCGUUCGGCGCCAUGGUUCUGUCCAUCAACCAGACCAGUCGCGCGGCCACCACUGUCGCCAAAUCCCCGAUCGAAGGGCAAGUUGCGACGUGCUGGGUGACUAUUUCCUCCACCACGGGCACGGCCUUUGUAACAGACGUGGCCGUGAACCGCCUGGUUGAGAUGAGUCUGAAAGAUGCCAGUAUCAUGUCCGAGAUAGACUUGUCCGCCACUGGUGACCCUGGCCUGAUCGACCUGCGGGCGGCGGGCCAGUUUCUUUACGCAUUAUCACCAGGCAACGGCACGAUCGAAGGUGCCGUGACCGUGAUCGACUUGGCUGGGUCUACUAAGAUGGUACAGCAUUUCGGGCUGCGAGGCAUGGCUGGACAGCGAGCACAGGGCAUGGCUGUUCUGGUCUGA